AUGGACUUAUACCUCCUUGAUACACUAGUAUUCAACAAGAUACACAGCCAGCUUUGCAUGUAUCUUCAAAUGCUCAGUCUCCACAUCUAUAAAGUAGCUCAACUUCUCAUUGUAUUUGUUCGAAUAAAUACAACAAGUACAGACAAUCCGGCACCUGAAGCGGCGAAUGGUGUAAAUGGUAGCGUGUCCGUACCCUUAACACAAUGGAUUUCAUUAGUGACAAAAAGCUGGGUAGCGGGUUUUGUGCCCACAGGCGCGCUACGUGGUUAUUUGGACAUGAUUGUCAUCCUACGGGUGGUUGAUGCCAACGUUACACAUUGUGACAUGGCUUCUCGCUUCAAGUUCAACCACCACCAACAUGCCCACUUUGACACCACCAUGCCCUGUCAUGCAACCCCACCACUGCAAUGGACAACGCCCAACAAACGACGACGUGGCAACUAUGUGACACAUAUGGACGACAACGAUGAUUAUGUUGUCGUCGUCAUCGAUGUAAACCACAGGAGGGGUAUGCCGCUCGUCAGCGUCCACGUCACGACGCGAGGCGGGACAGAUGCCAACCAAAAGGUGGCCACCGGAGGGUGUACAAAGGACGGACGACGACGAUGGCGUAUGGACGACAACGACAACGACGAGGGCGUACGGACAACGACAACGACGAGGGCGUAUGGACAACGACAACGACGAGGGCGUACGGACGACAACGACGACGUACAGACGACGACAACGACAACGUACGGACGACAACGACGAAGACGACGUACGGACGAUGACGAAGACGACGUACGGACGAUGACGAAGACGACGUACGGACGAUGA